AUGUCUUCGUCACGUCGUCAGAGCAAUGGCCGAUCGCCCCUCGUCAAUCCUCAGCGUCAAAUUACAUCCUUCUUUUCUAAAACCACUUCUUCUCCUUCCUUUCCUGCCCAGCGAAAAGCUAACCCUAACCCUUCGCCUCCAUCCAUUGUCUCCAAGCAGAAAUUAAGCCCUACUCCAAUCUCAGACCGAAAACCCAGUUCGAGCCCCAGCCCUUCUACACCGUCCCCUUCCAAUCCUAAAUGCAACAAACCGCUUCUUCUCAUUGGCACUUCAUCACCCCUCUCCCCAUCUUGUCCCACCCCCUCAUGUUUGCCGUCACUGGAUAGCCUGUCGUACGGCGAAGAGGUUGUCGGAAGAAGGAUCAAGGUUUACUGGCCUCUGGAUAAAACCUGGUACGAAGGCCGGGUCAGCUCAUUUGAUAAGCAAACUGGUAAGCAUGUAGUUCUGUACGAUGAUGAUGAAGAGGAGUCAUUGGAACUUGCAAAGGAGAAGAUUGAGUGGGUGCAAGAGACUGUGAAGAAGUUCAAACGGCUGCGUCGUGGCUUAUAUGCUUCGAAGCAAACGGUUAUUGAGGAUGAGGGAGCAGAGAAUGGGGAUAUCGGGGCAGAAGAAGGUGGUGAUGAGGACAGUCACGAUGAUGAUUCCAGCGACGAUGACUGGGGGAAGAAUGAGACUGCGGCUGACGCUGAGGACGCUGAUGAAGACAUGGAGCUAGAAGACGAGGAGGAUGAAGCCGAGAGGCCUAAAGGUAAAAGAGGUAAAAGGUUAGGAUCCACAAAGCGGAAACCAAGUGUGGGAGAGAAACCUGGACCUGCAAAAAAGAGCAAGAUCGCAGUAGAAUUUGGGAAGGGAAGUUUCAGGGUCUCAACGCCGGAGCUUAAAAGUAAUCCGGACAGUAAAAAGACACUUAAUGAAAUUGAUCGUGUUGCGACUGGUGAUGCCGCUGACAGAUUUGCUGCACGUGAAGCCGAUAAACUACCUUUCCUUGGAGUAGAUCGAAAAGAUGCCAAACGAAGACGUCCAGGAGAUAAAAAUUAUGAUCCAAAGACUCUCUAUCUGCCUCCUGAUUUCUUAAAGAGAUUGUCUGACGGGCAGAAACAAUGGUGGGAGUUCAAGUCGAAGCACAUGGACAAAGUUCUGUUUUUUAAGAUGGGUAAAUUUUAUGAGCUUUUUGAAAUGGAUGCGCAUGUGGGAGUGAAAGAGCUUGACUUGCAGUAUAUGAAGGGGGAACAACCUCAUUGUGGAUUUCCAGAGAAGAAUUUCUCAGUGAACGUGGAGAAACUGGCUCGGAAGGGUUAUCGAGUUCUUGUUGUAGAGCAGACUGAAACACCUGAACAAUUGGAGAUUCGUCGCAAGAAGGGUUCUAAAGAUAAGGUUGUGAAACGGGAAAUAUGUGCGGUGGUUACAAAAGGCACAUUAACUGAUGGGGAGUUGUUGUCAGCAAACCCUGAAGCUUCUUAUCUAAUGGCCCUAACUGAGUGCUGCCAAAACAAGGAAAGCGAAAGUUUGGGGCGUAUUUAUGGUGUUUGUGCCGUUGAUGUUGCUACAAGUAGAGUCAUUCUUGGCCAGUUUGAGGAUGAUUCAGAAUGCAGUGCCUUGUGCUGCAUUUUGUCUGAACUUCGGCCAGUGGAAAUUGUAAAACCUGCCAAAAUGCUUAGUGCUGAAACAGAGAGGGUACUGCAGAAUCAUACAAGAAAUCCGCUAGUCAAUGAAUUAGUUCCUGAUGUGGAAUUCUGGAAUGCUGAGAAAGCUGUUAAUGAAUUGGAGAGAUUUUAUGGGCAUUCUAGUCUUUCUAGUGUCGAAGUAGAUGGGAAAGGAUCCAUGUCAGAUGUUUUGCUGGAGUUGGUGAGAGCAGGUGAUGAAAGUAGAAGUGCACUUUCUGCAUUGGGUGGUGCUCUCUAUUAUCUUAAACAGGCUUUCCUUGAUGACUCGUUGCUUAGAUUUGCACAAUUUGAGAUGCUUCCAUGUUCCAAUUUCAAUGGUCUUGCUUCAAAGCCAUACAUGGUUCUUGACGCAGCAGCCCUGGAGAAUCUUGAGAUUUUUGAGAAUAGCAGGAAUGGUGAUUCUUCGGGCACACUUUAUGCACAAUUGAACCAAUGUGUUACUGCAUUCGGAAAGAGACUGCUGAAGACAUGGAUAGCAAGACCAUUAUAUCAUCUAGAGAAAAUCAAGGAGCGCCAAGAAGCUGUGGCUGGUUUAAGGGGAGUUAAUCUACCUUCCUCACUAGAAUUCCGGAGGGCAUUAUCAAAGCUACCUGAUAUGGAACGGUUGCUAGCACGCAUUUUUGCUAGUAGUGAAGCCAGUGGUAGGAAUGCUAAUAAAGUGAUUCUGUACGAGGAUGCUGGAAAGAAACAACUACGAGACUUUGUUGCAGCAUUGCGUGGAUGUGAACUGAUGGCACAAGCAUGCUCAUCACUAUGUGUCAUUUUGAAGAAUAAUGAAUCCAGACGACUUCAUCAUCUGUUAACACCUGGAGAAGGCCUUCCUGAUGUUCAUUUGCUUUUAGAUCACUUCAAGGAUGCCUUUGAUUGGGAUGAAGCCAAUAACUCUGGACGUAUAAUACCUCAUGAGGGAACUGAUUCUGAGUAUGACUCAGCCUGUAAAACGGUUGAUGAGAUUGAAUCCAGUUUAUCGCAGCAUCUUAAGGAGCAAAGGAAAUUAUUUCGAGACAAUUCAAUUACUUAUGUAUCUGUUGGAAAGGAGGCAUACCUGUUAGAAGUGCCUGAAAGUUUAUGUAAAAAUAUUCCACAAAAUUAUGAGAUGAGGUCAUCCAGAAAGGGCUUCUUCAGGUACUGGAAUCCAGAUAUCAAAAGGUUGAUGGGAGAACUUUCCCAGGCAGAACAGGAAAAGGAGUCCUCGUUGAAAAGUAUUUUGCAGAGAUUAGUUUGUCGUUUUUGUGAGCAUCAUACAAAGUGGAGGCAGUUAUUGUCUGCUACUGCUGAGCUGGAUGUUUUGAUCAGCUUAGCUAUUGCCCGUGAGUACUAUGAAGGACCAACUUGCCAACCAAGAUUCCUAGGCUUGCUAUGCACAAAAGAAACUCCAUGCCUCUCUGCUAAAAGUUUAGGACAUCCAGUCCUUCAGAGUGAUUAUUUGGGCAAGGGCACCUUUGUACCAAAUGACAUAACAAUUGGUGGUCCACAACAGGCAAGCUUUAUACUUCUAACUGGCCCUAACAUGGGUGGGAAGUCGACACUUCUUCGCCAAGUUUGCUUGGCAGUGAUUUUGGCCCAGGUAGGAGCUGAUGUCCCAGCCAAAAGUUUUGAUUUGUCACCCGUAGACCGAAUCUUUGUUCGAAUGGGUGCUAAGGAUAAUAUCAUGGCUGGCCAAAGUACAUUCUUAACUGAGCUUUCAGAAACUGCAACCGUACUGUCAUCAGCCACUCGCAAUUCAUUGGUGGCUUUGGAUGAGCUUGGACGUGGGACCUCAACUUCCGAUGGACAGGCCAUUGCAGAAUCGGUACUUGAAUAUCUUGUGCAAGAGGUGCAGUGUCGUGGAAUGUUUUCUACUCAUUAUCACCUAUUAGCUGUUGAUUAUCACAAGGACCCCAAGGUUUCUCUCUGCCAUAUGGCAUGUCAAGUUGGUGACGGAGUUGGAGGUGUGGAUGAAGUCACAUUUCUUUACAGGUUGACGCCUGGUGCAUGCCCCAAGAGCUAUGGUGUUAAUGUUGCUCGGUUAGCUGGACUUCCAACUUCUGUUCUUCAAAAGGCUGCUGCUAAGUCUAGAGAAUUCGAGGCUGCUUAUGGUAACCGCAGAAAGGUGUCUCCAAAAAACAACGCAUCUAAUCAAAGCUGGGUUGAUGAGAUGGCAAUCAUUCAAAAAUUGAUCAGUGCCACUACAAAUUUGAGUUUCCAGGAAAACUUUUUGGAUAAUUCCCUCAGUGAACUUCAUAAUAAAGCAAGAGCACUACUGCAAUGUUAAACCAUUCCAAGACAUUUGUUGGUUUUAUCAUCAAAGUUAUAGUUCAUUCUUCGAUAGCCAACCAUUGUUUAUAGCCAUGAUUAUGUUUAUAUCAAUCGUAAUAUCAUGGUCGAGUCAUGCUUGCUCUAUGUUCAGUUGUCUGACAUCUCUGCUUUAUCCGAAAUAGUUUGGUUCCCUGUGAAUAAUUGUAGUCA